UGUGCUUCGACAUAAUUUAUGGAUAACAAUCGCGGCAACACAUAUUCGGUUUUGAACAUUUUGAAAACUUUAAGCUAUUUUCUUUAGGUUUAUGUAUGAUCAUAAUGGAUUCUUCGGAAACGGGUUUUCAUGCAAAUAGGCUUCUUCCUGGAAACAAUCUAGCAGGAACAACUCUAAACUCGCUAAUGGACGAUGGUUACAGUGUCACUUGUGGAAUACAGAUUGAUAACAGGACAAAUUGUUCUCUGACAAAGCCUCAGGCUUAUAUAAAUGGCGGGGUUUUAUCAAUUCCACCUGUUACUAUAUUUCCUGAGACGAGGGAAGCAAUGAUAGCUCGUAAGACUGGCUAUACUGCUACAGGUUCAUACGGGACAGUUUCAUGGCUUAUAGAAUCUACAGAUGACCGUGAACAACGUCGCCUUAUUGUUAUGUGGUGUGCACCAUUUAACCAUGACUUUUACGACAACACCCUUGCUGUAGGUCUCACAAAACCAGGACACAUAGAACAUCCAAAAGGACAAGAUUGCUUCUACAGUAUGUAUGAUAAUAUGGGUAAUGUUUCGGAUGUGGUAAAGUACGACAAAAAGAAGUUUAACCGCGAAAUUUCACAAAUUUCCAUCGAGGACGAUGUUUGUCAUGUAGUCGCCACGAUGGGAUCUAGUCACAAAGCUCAAGUCAAGAUUAUUUUCACACAAAAAUGACUAUUUUCUCUAACAUAUUAUAAUUUGAAUUACAAGAAUAUUUAAAUGAAAAUUAAAGUUUAUAUUGAGUAUUUGUUGAUUUUCCGAAAGGACCUUGAUUGUAUAUAGGAACAUCUUAUGAUUGAAAUCAUUUAAACUUUAUGUAUAAGAGGUCAUUUACUUCAAAUUCCCACGAAUGUAUGGUAAAGUAAACUCAUGUAUCAAUCAUGGUAUAAAGUGUUAAUAUUCACAGUAGAAUUAUGUCAAAAGGAGGUAUAUUUUGUCUUAUAAUAUGUAGAAAAUGAUUAGUUGAUUACCAUGUAGGAACUAUGUAUGUAGUUGUUUAUAUCUAUAUUUAAUUAAGACGAUAAUAUACUGGACCAGAAAUAAUACUUCUAUAUUCAUGACCACCAAGUGCCAUGUGACUAUUGUAUGUUAUGUUUUGUAAAAUGAUGUACUUUGUGUAAGUCUUGAAUACAAUUUCAGUUAUGUUCUUUUCAUGUAAAGUUCUAAAGCUUACAUCUCUAUUUUUAUCAAAAUGACAUUAAAUUAUAUUGUUGACCUACUAUUAUCGUUGAUCAAAUAAUGUUGCUAUUAUAUAUUUUCCUGUAUAUGAUAAUGUAAAAUGCACUUUGAAUAUAUUAUUUCUAUAUUUACAUCUUAAAAAUCAAGACUACGGUACUACUGUGAAUAAAUGAUAAAUUGUUGUUUGACUCUUAAAGUAUUAUGUAACAUGUCAUUUUACGGUACACUUAUAUAAUUAGGUAUGGUAGCUUGAAAUUAAAGGGAAAAAGUCUAGAGCUGUCAAUAUGAAAGCACACUAUUCACUGUGAUUCAUACAUAGUCAA